GAAACCAAGCAUGGGCAUAUAAACAUGACCCCUUUCUGAGGGUAUGGCUGAUGUAGCUGGUGUGACAGCCCAGAGACCUCUGCAUCACAGCCAUCUCUACCAUGAAGAUCAUUGGGGGCCUCUUCCUGCUCUGCACAGUGACCCAUUUCUUCAGCAGCUCUGAAGCUGCUAGCCUGUCUUUAACAACAGUGGACUGCAGCAUUUACAAGAAGUACCCAGUGGUGGCCAUCCCCUGCCCAAUCACAUACCUGCCUGUCUGUGGUUCUAAUUACAUCACCUAUGGGAAUGAAUGCCACCUAUGCAUUGAGAAUCUGAAAAGUAAUGGAAAAGUUCAGUUUCUUCACGAAGGAGCAUGUUAACUUCCCCACAGACAUGGAUACAGAGUGAUGACGUCUUCACCAUCAUCUUCAUCAUCCCUGGGCUCUGACUGCCUUUUCCUUCAUCUCAGCCAGUGCUCUGGGUAAGCGCUGAGAAAGACAGAGUCAUCUUUGUUGAGCAGAGAAAAUUGUCGUGGUCCUCCUUAAACUCAUGCCUUGCUGACUUCCGGGCCUCUUUUUGUACAUCAAUAAAAGAAUCCUAGAUGGUUUAUCUUUA